AGAAGAAGAAGAAGAAGAAGAGAUUUAUGGUUGUGUCCAAAUGUGAAAGAUUCGCACGUACACCAUGUCCAGGACUUUUUAUUCAAGUGACGCCACCCUCGAGGAGGAUGCUGAAACUGUUAAGCUGGAGGAGGAGUACCUGCCAACGUUGGAGGAAACAUGGGAUGAGCAGGAGCUGGAAAAGUGCAAGAAAUGGAUUGGGGAGAAUAACUUCAAGCGGAUCAGCCUGCAAUUCCCAGACACACUCCUCAGGCAUAGUGUGACAAUCUAUGAGCAGCUCAAAGCAUCCACAGAGGCGAACUUUUUCAUCUUGGGCGACACGAGCUAUGGGAGUUGCUGUGUGGAUGAAGUUGCAGCAUCUCAUGUUGAUUGUGAUGCUCUCAUUCACUUUGGGAAGACGUGCCUCAGUGUGACAACAAGAAUCCCAGUUCUCUACAUCUUCCUCCGCUUUGGGAUUAGUGUAGAAGACUUCCAGGAGAAAGUGGCGGCGUCUUUCCCUGAAGGAGAUGAGCCAAUUAUUGUUUUCUCUGAUUCUCCCUACAAUCACGCCAAGGAGAGAUUCCAGGAGGUACUUAGCACACGGGAAAAUAUGUUAAUAGCUUCCUUGGCAACUGAUGCCAACACUAAGCGAAACUUUCUAUGCUGGACCGUGGAAGGAUUGCCACAGAUCGAUCCAGAACAGUCAUCCUGCCUCUUUGUGGGUGAAGAUGAUCAGACAUUCUUUAAUCUCUCCUUGACCGUGAAGUGCAGCAAGUGGUGGAUCUACAAUCCACGCAAUGAGGCGCUGAGUACAGCCAAUCCGAGAACCUCCGCAUGGUUCCGCAGACGAUACUACUACGUGGAAGUGUGCAAGGAUGCUCAAAUGAUUGGCAUCGUCAUGGGGACACUCACAUCUUCGAGGUACUUGGAAAUGGCGCAUAGGAUGCAGAAUCUCGCCAAGGAGUGCGGCAAGAAGACCAUUCUCAUCUCCGUGGGGAAGAUUAAUCCCGCCAAAUUGGCUAAUUUCUCAGACGUUGACUGCUUCGUCCUCAUUGGAUGCCCACAGAAUGAUGUCUUCAACUCUCGUGACUUCUACAAGCCCAUCCUGACGACUUUUGAAGUUGAACUCGCUCUCAAUACUGCGUGGAAGGAUACAAUCCCCGAAACAUACUGCCUGGACUUCAAGGAACUCCUGCCCAAUGGGAAAUUCCACCGGGAAUGUGAACCAGGGCAGGAGCAUGAUGCUGAGAAUGACGUGAGUCUCAUCACAGGACGCGUUCGAGAGAAUUUGAGGAAUGGCACGGUGGCAGAGGACGUGGGGAGUGGAAGAGAGCUGCUGGAGAGACAAAGUGGAGCUCUUGUGAGCAAUAGAGUGACAGAAGCCUUCCAGGAGCGUUCAUGGCGAGGUCUGGAUCCAGCUCUGGGGCAACAUGAGCCCGCUCAAAUUGUCCAAGGACGCUCAGGUGUCCCAAUAGCUUAUGAGGAGAAUAAGGAUGCAGCAAUGUAGGGGGAUUCCUUAAAUAUAUUUACUUACUUACAAAA